CAGUCCAUUCAGUCAGUUAGCCACCGUCCGCCGUUCAGUUCACACGUCGCGAAGAGAAGCAAUCCCGCUCCAAAGUGCCCAAGUUCGAGUGACUGGCUCAUCCCGAGUUUUAUCGGGAAAACAUUAACCCGUUGUUCUGGCACUACUGGAUAGUAAUGUCAGUGAAUGCCAACACGUCUGGCCAAUUUCGGUUAAUUGGAACGUGAUUUAUGUGGGGCAACGGAGUGCGGUUCCGAUUCCCAGUGCCCUAGCUGCUCGGUCCAGUCCCCAGCGGAAUCCACUCAAUGCCGGGUUGAUAAGCGCCGCGAGCGUGAUAAGAGCGGCAAAAAGGCGCCAAGUCGUAGAUUUAGCGAGCUUCUGCUACUGUUUAUGCCUCUGCCUCUGCUAAAACUGAAAUAGAAACAGAAAUCGAAAUCAAAACGGCACGGGCAUUGCCAUUCCGCGUAUCGCAGUAAUUAGUAUACGAUCAUUAAUCAAAGCCAAUAUUAAAAGUAUAAACAGAGCGUCGAAGAAGUACGAUGUCUAAGCGUGCGAGCUUAACCCAUGACAGCCCGGCGCUGGAACUGGAGCUGCCGUUGCUGGCGCCGCAGGAGCGGAGUCAGCGGAGCAGGAGCGGGACCAUUCCUUUGUGCAUCAUGCACGACUCCGGCAAGCCGUCCCCAGCAACCAGCCCCACCAUCCCGCCCAAACAGCAGGCAGCAACGCCCCAGUCGCCGGCGGCGGCGGCGGCGGUCAGCGGACUGGAUCCGGCGGACGAUGAGGACGAGACCGACGUGAUCGGCGACCUGAUGGGCCACUACGGCAAGUGGCAGCUGCUGAUGACGGUGCUGCUGUCGCUCUUCCAGGUGCCGAACACCUUCCACAUAUCCUCGUCCAUUUACCAGGCGGCCAACAAGGACUUCUGGUGCCAGCGGCCGGCGCAAUUCCAGCAGAUGCCGGUGGCCAUUUGGCGCAACGUGAGCGGCUCCGUCGACAACUGCCAGCGAUGGGCGGGCAUCGACUGGAGUCAGGCGGGGAAUGAGACCACGCCGCCAUCGGAGUGGAAGAUGCCACUGGAGGUGGACAGAAAGAUGGUGGCCUGCGAGAAGUGGGAGUACGAGACCAACGACAACGUCGGGAACACCUGGACAUCGGAGUGGGAUCUGGUGUGCGAGAAGGAGCACCUGAAGAACGUGGCCGAGAUGUUCUUCCUGCUGGGCGUGGCAACAGGUGGCAUCAUCUCCGGCUAUUUAUCGGACAAGUUCGGCCGCAAGACAAUGCUCUUCAUAUCGGCCGUGCUGCAGACCAUAUUCGGUCUCUGGCUCUAUAUUUGCAACUCCUUUGAGCUUUAUUUGACACUUCGCGCUCUGCUGGGUUUGGUAUCCGUAUCGGUCACCUACUCGGGCCUUAUCCUGGCCAUCGAGUAUGUGGAUGGCAAGUGGAGGACUAUUGCCGGGAUGUACAACCUCUUUCCACUGCCAAUCUCCUAUAUGAUUAUCUCGGGCCUGGCCUAUCUCACCCAGGAUUACCAGCGCCUGCAGCUGUGCAUCGGAAUUCCAGGGAUCUUCCUGUGCUUCCUCUGGUUUGUGGUCCCGGAAUCGCCACGCUGGCUGCUGGUCAAGGGUCGGAUCGACGAGGUGCGUCGCAUCAUCGAGGCGGCCGCCAAGUUCAAUGGUCGCCAGCUGCCCACCGAUUAUCAGCUAACGCCGCCGACGCAGGAGAGCAGCUCACAGGACGUCACCUACCUGUUCCGCUCCAGCUACCUGCGUCGCAUCUCCAUCUGCUUCUUCUGCAUCUGGUUCACCAUGAAUCUGGUCUACUACGGCAUCAUUCUCAACAUGAGCUCCUUCGGCGGCAAUGUCUACUUGAAUUCGGCGCUAGCUGGCCUAGUCGAAAUACCCGCCAUCGCCGUGGCCAUGUACAUCAUCACCAAGGUGGGCAAGAAGUGGCUCUUCUGCGCCACUUUGAUCUGUGCCGGCGUCGCCUGCUGCUGUGCGGCGAUCACCGAGGGGCACGCGGACCUGCUCUGGCUAAAGAUCACAUUCCUGAUGAUGGGCAAGUUCACCAUUAGCGCGGGCAACACCAUAAUGCCAGUGUACACGGCGGAGCUUUAUCCCACGCCCAUACGCAAUGUGGGCGUGGGUGCUUGCAAUGUGGCCGCCGGUUUGGCCCUGAUCCUCACUCCCUAUCUGUCACUGCUGAACAAGAUCGAGGGCCACCUGUUAAUGACCCUACUGACCGCCUGGAGUAUCUUCGGCGGCUUUGUGGUGCUCUUCCUGCCCGAGACCGCUGUGCGUACGAAGGCCACCAACCAGGGAGGCCAAAAUGCCAAUGCCAAUGCCAAUGCCAGUGCCGCCAAGCAGGUGUAAUGACCGCUGUGGCCAAUCCCAACCUGCUAAGCCACCCCAGGAACAAAGUAUUUUGGCUGGUCCAAAGUAUGCCGAUUUGAAGUCAGAUUAGCCAUCGCAGCUGCUGUCUCUCUUAAACCACUUAACCCCCGACCUGCCACGCCCCCCGACAUAUCCACCGCCUGAAGCCACCUCAACUGUAUGGCAUCGAUUCGAUGAAAUGUCCAAGAGCAAUGCCAAUUCGCUAGAGAAUGUCACAUGUCAGGCAGGACCUUGUUUGCGUAGCACGUAGUGAGUAUGUAUCUUAACAAUUAACUAACAGCAAUGGCUUGUAGCUUAUGUCAUAGUCUAAGUACUGAAAACACACACAACCCCCAAAAUGUCACCAGAAGCACUCGAAAUAGCUUCAGUUCUUCGGUUCCCAUCGAAGCUAAUAAUCUUAGGGAGGUUUUCUAAUUGUAUACCUUUGUCUG